UUUAAGGCAAACUGGGUCUGAAAACCUGUAGAACUGCAUCCCGGCGUCGCUGUUUUGCUCACAGUUGUUUCAAUCUAAGAUCAAUGUGAGGAUGAUGAUGAUGUGUGUUUCCAGCACGGCGCCUUCGUCCUGCUCUACCAUCCCUGCUCGUCGCUCCGUGAGCGACGCCUCCUUUCCGGAUUGGCCCGCUCCUGUCUGCCGUUCCACAUCGUCACUCCUCACCCGCAGCUGAGCAGAGACACGGUAGGUGGCGCUCUGCUUUGUUUCUGGCUUUAGAUCCGGAUCUUCCGCUGUGUUUGACUCUCUGAACGGCGGCUGCUCUCCUCAGCCUGUAGCUCUGGUCUCCUGGGGUCGAACUUUAGAGCUGAGCACCUUGGCUUCUUCAGACGUGUGCGACUGGCUGCAGACGACACAGAGCCUUAAAAACGUUGAUGGCAGGACGCCGAGCGCGGUGUACAACCUCCUGUUGACCCGGUCAGCAGGCCUGCAGCGUCUGGAACCAUCAGAAGGAACCGAGGAUUCUGUGAGGCAGUGCUGCCAGCGGGUCAUUUCUGCUCUGCUGAGCGGAACCACCGGGGCAGAGCCUGCUAUGAAGCCGGGUUCCUGGAAACGUUUUAAAGAGGGAAGGAAAAACAGGGAAAUCCGAGCAGCAAUCGGAGAAAAGCAGAACCUCAUUAAUAGAGCUAAUGAAACGGCUAAUGACGCCGACCAGAUCGACAGAAUCGGUGCGGCUGAAGCGGCGGCGGCGGCUCAGAAUCACAGCGGCUCCUCUGGAACAGCAUCGCAUUCACUUCCAGGACUCUCGGAUCCAAACCGGACUCCUCCGUCUGAGGUCAGGAAGCAGCAGGCUUCCACAUCAGCGCCCACCUCCCGUCCUGGAUCCGAGAUCGAUUCCCCCCAACAUGAAGGUACAGACUCCGUCAGAGGCGGCGUGGAGGAGCGGAGCGACAGCGAGGGGCUCCGGGUUCAGGGCAAAACGAAGCAGAAAGAGGUGGUUGAUGUGGAAGAAAGGGAAGCAGAGCGGGACCCGGCGCCUGGUGGCGAGCCCCCCCCUCACAGAAACACUAAAUCCGGCUCUGCUUCUGAGUCCCAGGCGGAGACUCGCCAGAACUGUUCCGCCUGCGUUAGAUCUGGAGCAGGGAGUCGGGCCGCCGCGCUGAACGUCGCUUUGCAGCGGACCCCCAGGACAGACGAAGCGGUGUGGGCGGCGGCGGCGCUGGGCUUCCUGCUGGUUCUGCUAACGCUGUCCGUUCUUCACACCCGGCUGUACCGCCACUGGAGGACCUCGCCCAGCCUCUACUGGCACAACCCGCAUCAGGACUACGACAGCGUCGCUGGUAGGUGGCCUGCAGCCCAAUCAGACUCCAGUAAUGAGCCUUUACUUUAAACCCCUGUCCCACCG